AUGGGCGUCUCCGAGUUAAACGAGAAGAGCGAGAAGAGCGCGGUUCCCACGCCGAACCCCGUCUCGUCCGCGCGCGAGUCGACCAACGGCGAAACUACAGACAACGACAACAACGACCAUGCCAUUGACCUCGCCAAGGCCGACAGCAAGGUGGUCGUCGCCCCUCCCAAAGAUGCCGCCGAGGCUGAUCCCUACGCCCACCUCCCCGAGCGGGAGGCCAAGAUCCUCCGAGACCAGGUUUUCACCCCCGAGGUGAAAGUCGGCUUGGCCACACUCUACCGCUACUCAUCCCGCAACGAUCUGAUCAUCAUUGUGGUGGCCGCUCUCUGCGCGAUCGCUUCGGGUGCCGCACUGCCGCUGAUGACGGUCAUCUUCGGUAACCUCCAGGGGACGUUCCAGUCGUACUUCACACCGGGCUCCGGCCUGACAUACGACGAGUUCACUAGCGAGCUCGGGCGGUUGGUUCUCUACUUUGUGUACCUGGCGAUCGGCGAGUUUGUGACGGCGUACAUCGCCACAGUGGGCUUCAUCUACACGGGCGAGCACAUCAGCGCCAAGAUCCGCGAGCACUACCUGGAGAGCUGCAUGAAGCAAAACAUUGGCUUCUUCGACAAGUUGGGUGCGGGUGAAGUGACGACGCGCAUCACGGCGGAUACCAACCUGAUCCAGGAGGGCAUCUCGGAGAAGGUCGGACUGACACUGUCGGCGGUGGCUACCUUCGUCGCGGCGUUCAUCAUCGGGUUUGUGAGCUUCUGGAAGCUGACGCUCAUCCUGCUGAGCACAGUCGUGGCGCUGGUGCUGUGCAUGGGGACCGUCUCGCGGUUCAUCGUGCGGUACUCGCGGCAGAACAUUGCGGCGUACGCGCAGGGCGGGUCGAUCGCGGAGGAGGUCAUCAGCAGCGUGCGCAAUGCCGUGGCGUUCGGCACGCAGGACCGGCUGGCCAAGCAGUACGACAGCCACCUGAUUCGGGCCGAGACCUUUGGCUUCAAGCUCAAGAGCACGCUGGGCAUCAUGAUCGCCAGCAUGAUGACCAUCCUGUACCUCAACUACGGCCUGGCCUUCUGGAUGGGCUCGCGUUUUCUAGUCGGCGGCGAGGUCGCCCUCAGCAAGGUGCUCAUCGUCAUGAUGAGUGUCAUGAUCGGCGCCUUCAACCUGGGCAACGUGGCCCCCAACAUCCAGGCUUUCACCACCGCCGUGGGUGCCGCGGCCAAGAUCUACAGCACCAUCGACCGGCAGUCGCCCAUCGACCCGUCCAGCGGGGAAGGCAUCAAGCUCGAGAAGGUCUCCGGCACCAUCCGCCUCGAGGGCGUCAAGCACGUGUACCCGUCGCGGCCCGAGGUGGUCGUCAUGGACGGCGUGUCGCUCAACAUCCCCGCGGGUAAGGUCACCGCUCUCGUGGGCGCUUCCGGUAGCGGCAAGUCGACCAUCAUCGGUUUGGUCGAGCGGUUUUACUCGCCCCUCGAGGGCGCCGUGUUCCUGGACGACGUGGACAUCUCGACGCUCAACCUCCGCUGGCUUCGUCAGCAGAUCGCCUUGGUGUCGCAGGAGCCCACUCUCUUCGGUACAACCAUCUUCGAAAACAUCCGCCACGGCUUGAUCGGCACCAAGUGGGAGCUCGAGGGCCCCGAGAAGCAAAAGGAGCUCAUCGAGGACGCCGCGAAAAAGGCCAACGCCCACGACUUCAUCAGCUCGCUGCCCGAGGGGUACCAGACCAACGUCGGCGAGCGCGGGUUCCUGCUCAGCGGUGGACAAAAACAGCGUAUCGCCAUCGCCCGCGCCGUCGUGUCGGACCCCAAGAUCUUGUUGCUCGACGAGGCCACCUCCGCUCUGGACACCAAAUCUGAAGGCGUUGUCCAAGCCGCUCUCGAGGUCGCUUCCGAAGGCCGCACCACCAUCACCAUCGCCCAUCGUCUUUCCACCAUCCGCGACGCACACAACAUCGUCGUCAUGUCGCAGGGCCGCAUCGUCGAGCAAGGCACGCACGACGAGCUGCUCGAGAAGCGCGGCGCGUACUACAACCUCGUCACGGCGCAGGCUAUCGCGGCGGUCAAUGAGAUGACGGCUGAGGAAGAGGAGCUGCUGACCAAGGAAGAGACCGAGGGCAUCCAGCUGCGCAAGUCAUCGACUCGCGGCAGCACGAGCAAGGGCGCUGGUGCUGCUGCUGUGCCUGAGGAUCCUGAGGACGAUAUUCGUGCUAAGCUGAACAAGACCCAGUCGCAGCAGAGUGCCAGUUCGAUGGCGCUUGCUGCGCGUAAGAAGGAGGCUGAGCAGAAGUAUGGUCUGUGGACGCUUAUCAAGGUCAUUGCUAGCUUUAACCGUGAGGAGUGGAAGUUGAUGGUUAUUGGGUUCUUCUUCUCGGCUAUCUGUGGUGGUGGUAACCCGACCCAGGCUGUCUUUUUCGCCAAGCUCAUCAGUGCUCUGUCGGUCCCUGUUACCGAGGAAAGCAUCCCCACGAUCCAGCGUGAAGCCUCGUUCUGGUCGCUUAUGUACCUGAUGUUGGCGAUCGUCAUGUUCAUCUCCUUCGUCGCGCAGGGCGUCGUCUUCGCCAAGUGCAGUGAGCGGCUGAUCCACCGCGUGCGUGACCGGUCGCUGCGGUCGAUGCUGCGCCAGGACGUUGAGUAUUUUGACCGCGACGAGAACUCGGCCGGCGCCCUCACCUCGUUCCUGAGCACUGAAACCACCCACGUCGCCGGCCUCAGCGGCUCGACCUUGGGAACCCUCAUCAUGGUCAACACCACGCUCAUCGCCGCCUGUGUCGUCGCCCUCUCCAUCGGCUGGAAGCUCGCCCUCGUCUGCAUCGCCACCAUGCCCAUCCUCAUCGGCUGCGGCUUCUUCCGCUUCUGGAUGCUGGCGCACUACCAACGCCGCGCCAAGCGUGCCUACUCCGGUUCCGCCAGCUACGCCUCCGAGGCCAUCACCGCCAUCCGCACCGUGGCCGCCCUAACCCGCGAGGACGACGUUCUCGCGCAGUACCGCGCCUCGCUCGCCGUGCAGCAGCGCGCCAGCUUGAUCUCCGUGCUCAAGUCCAGCCUGCUGUACGCCGCCUCGCAAUCCUUCAUGUUCCUGGCCUUCGCCCUCGGCUUCUGGUACGGCGGUACCCUCAUCGCCCGCCACGAGUACUCCAUGUUCCAAUUCUUCAUCGUCUUCUCCUCCGUCAUCUUCGGCGCGCAGUCCGCCGGCUCCGUCUUCAGCUUCGCCCCGGACAUGGGCAAAGCCGUCGAAGCCUCGCGCGACCUCAAGACCCUCUUCGACCGCAAGCCCAUCGUCGACACCUGGGCCGCCGACGGCGAGAAACUCCCCGCGGUCGACGGCAACAUCGAGUUCCGCGACGUGCAUUUCCGCUACCCCACGCGCCCCGAACAGCCCGUCCUCCGCGGCCUGAACCUCUCCAUCCAACCCGGCCAAUACGUCGCUCUCGUUGGCGCCUCCGGCUGCGGCAAAUCCACCACCAUCGCGCUUCUCGAACGCUUCUACGACCCCCUCGCCGGCGGCAUUUUUAUUGAUGGCAAAGAAAUCUCCUCCCUCAACGUCAACGAAUACCGCUCCUUCAUCGCCCUCGUCUCGCAAGAACCCACCCUCUACCAAGGCACCAUCCGCGAAAACAUCCUCCUCGGCUCGCCCCACCAAGUCUCCGACGACCAAAUCAAAUUCGCCUGCCAAGAAGCCAACAUCUACGAUUUCAUCCUCUCUCUCCCCGACGGUUUCAAUACCGUCGUCGGCUCCAAGGGCGCCCUCCUCAGCGGUGGGCAAAAGCAGCGCAUCGCCAUCGCCCGCGCGCUGGUGCGUGAUCCGAAGAUCUUGUUGCUGGAUGAGGCGACCAGUGCGUUGGAUUCGGAGAGUGAACAUGUGGUGCAGGCCGCGCUGGAUAAGGCGGCCAAGGGACGCACGACGAUUGCGGUGGCGCAUCGGUUGAGUACGAUUCAGAAAGCGGAUGUGAUUUAUGUGUUUGAUCAGGGGCGGGUGGUGGAGCAGGGGACGCAUGGGGAGUUGAUGAAGAGGAAUGGGAGGUAUGCGGAGUUGGUGAAUUUGCAGAGUUUGGAGAAGCAUGCUUGA